GACGCAUCAGAAACGAGAGAGAGAGAGAGAGAGAGAGAGAGAAAGCUGCGUGUGUGACUCUAGGGAGCCUGGAAAGUAGACGUCGCGCUGCCCUGCUGCUAACUGGGCUACUGAAGGCAGAGAUCUGCGAGCGGAGUCUGAACUUGUCCAGUUCCAUAUGUGGAGCGACUGGGCGGAUCGUCGCGACGGGGAACGUUCCAAUUAGAACUGCGAUUUGGACUGAGGGGAGUUGUCUUGCUCGUGUGAUGCAGCGACGAAGGAGGAGAAAGCGUGAGCGGCUUGGGGCUGCGCUUUUUUUCCAAGAGCGAUAAACAAGAGAGAGGAGAAAAGUAAGAAGGAGAAGAAGAAGCCUGACAGGCAGGGCGCAGGGAGUGCGAUCUUCUUGAUCUCAGCUUUCAGCGAUUUUAUCGGACCCUGUUGCGUCUUUUAUUUGUUUAUUGCUUCUAUUAUCCUCGGCUUGCCCUGCUGCUCGUACACAGGGAUAAUAAUAACACCGGGAGGAAUUCUUUCCGCUCCCAAUGAAAGAGGAGGAAGGAGGGAAAGAACUUUGAUCGCACGAUAAAGAGAGAGAGAGACGCGCCGGAGCGCUGGAUUGCGUCUUCAUCUGCUGGAAGUUGUCGCAUAACUCCGCUCCAGUGAAACUUUUCCCUGUAUAGAUUGUAAAUGGUGGGGGCUCUGCGCGUCUAAAAUAAUCAUGCUGCUCGUGGGCAAUUUCCCAGUCUAGUGCGACUGUCGCAUCCCCUCUGGAUGCCCGUUUGGAUUUGGGAUGGACAUCUGAUUUCAGGAAACUUUGGCUGUAGGUCAGAUCUUUCAGCUGCAGGUAUUUGUGCAUCGGGGACUCGCCACUCAGUUGGAAUAUAAACAGGGGGCGAUCCCUUGUAUUUCUGGUUAAUCUGCUGAUCGCGGAGGAAGGAUGUACCUGCCGGGGAAGUUACUGCGUCUGUGGCUCCUGCUGCUGCUGGUUUUGACGCUGCUGCCAGCGUCUGCCUGGGCUUUGGUCUGCUUGCCCUGCGACGAAUCCAAAUGCGAGGAACCCAAGAGUUGCCCGGGGAGUAUAGUUCAAGGCAUCUGCGGCUGCUGCUUCAUGUGCGCCAGGCAGAAGAACGAGAGCUGCGGGGGAGUCUAUGGGCUACACGGAGCCUGCGACAGGGGUCUGCGCUGUGUCAUCCGCCCCCCGCUUAAUGGCGACUCCAUUACAGAAUAUGAAGUGGGGGUUUGCGAAGAUGAAAACUGGGAUGAUGACCAAUUGCAUGGCUUCGUCCCUUGCAAUGAAAACUUUGUAACCGGUUGCAACAUCAUCAAUGGGAAAUGUGAAUGCGAUACCAUACGGACCUGUAACACUCCCUUUGAGUUCCCCAGCCAGCAUGCCUGCCUGACUGCGCUGAGACGGAUUGAAGAAGAGAGACCAGACUGCUCAUCAGCUCGAUGUGAGGUACAGUUCUCUCCACGUUGUGCCGAGGACUCCGUUUUGAUAGAAGGCUAUGCCCCACCUGGUGAAUGCUGCCCGCUGCCAAGCCGAUGUGUAUGCAACCCAGCCGGAUGUCUAAGGAAAGUUUGCCAGCCUGGUUACUUAAAUAUUUUGGUAUCCAAAGCAUCUGGCAAGCCUGGGGAAUGUUGUGACCUUUAUGAAUGCAAACCAGUCUUCAGUGUGGACUGCAGUACUGUGGAGUGCCCUCCAGUUCAACAGGCCAUAUGCCCAUUGGAUAGCUAUGAGACACAAGUCCGCCUUACAGCUGACGGAUGCUGCACGCUGCCUACAAGAUGUGAGUGUCUCUCGGGCCUCUGCACUUUCCCUGUAUGUGAUGCUGGAUCAAUCCCCCGCAUAGUCUCUCGAGGAGAUGGCACACCUGGAAAGUGCUGUGACGUCUUUGAAUGUGUUAAUGAAACCAAGCCUGCGUGCAUUUUUAAUAACGUGGAGUACUAUGAUGGGGACAUGUUCCGUAUGGAUGCGUGUCGAUUUUGCCGCUGUCAGGGUGGCGUUUCCAUCUGUUUCUCAGCCCAGUGUGGAGAGCUUCACUGCGAUCGCUACUAUGUGCCAGAAGGGGAGUGCUGUCCAGUGUGUGAAGAUCCUGUGUACCCAGUCCAUGACCCAGCAGGUUGCUACGCCAAUGGACAAAUAAGAAGUCACGGGGACCGCUGGAGAGAAGAUGACUGCACCUUCUGCCAGUGUAUCAAUGGAGAGCCUCACUGUGUUGCAACAGCUUGUGGCCAGAGUUGCUUGAAACCAGUUAAAGUGCCUGGAGAAUGUUGUCCUGUGUGUGAAGAGCCUACAUAUAUCACUAUGGCUCCACCCAUCUGCGACCUGCUGAUCAACUGCACGUUGACUGAAAAGGACUGCAGCUAUGGUUUCCGAUUAGAUCAAAAUGGAUGCCGCACAUGCCAAUGCAAAACAAGAGAGGAGCUCUGUACUGGUCUCAUAUCAGGCUGUGCAUUGGACUGCCCUUUUGGAUUUCAGACUCAUCUACACAACUGUGAGAUCUGCCAGUGUCGACCUCGGCCCAAGAAGUGCAAACCUUUAGUGUGUGACAAAUACUGUCCGUUUGGCUACCUGAAGAACAAGCAUGGCUGUGAAACAUGUCGCUGUAAGAAGUGCCCUGAUGCCCCUUGCAGCAAAAUCUGCCCAAUGGGAUUUGAACAGGACAAUCACGGAUGCCGCAUCUGCAAAUGCAGGGAAACAAUGACAUCUGUGGUACCCCCAGUCAAAACAGGCUCAUGCUUGUCAAUGGAUGGUCGACGCCAUGAAAAUGAAGAGAGUUGGCAUGAUGGAUGUCGUGAGUGCUAUUGUCACAAUGGCAAAGAAAUGUGUGGACUCAUUACAUGUCCUGUUCCUGAUUGUGUGAACCCCACUAUAUACCCAGGACAAUGCUGCCCUUCAUGUCCAGAUGAUUCCAAUGCACAGAAUCCAGAACUUACAGACCCAUCCAUUUGCCAUGCUCCUGGAGGGGAGUACUUUGUUGAAGGGGAAACCUGGAAUAUUGACACAUGCACCCAGUGCACUUGCCAUAGUGGGCGGGUGCUUUGUGAAACUGAGGUCUGCCCACCUCUUCUUUGCCAGAACCCAACACGUUCCCAGGAUUCUUGCUGUCCUCAAUGCCCAGAUGAUUCCCUGCAGCCUUCUGUCCCAAGCAACGACAGUGUCCCCAGCUACUGCAAAAAUGACGAGGGCGACAUUUUCCUGGCUGCUGAGUCUUGGAAACCUAAUGUCUGUACAAGCUGCGUCUGCAUGGACGGGAUUAUCAGCUGCUACUCUGAAUCCUGCCCCCCUGUAACCUGUGAGAGACCGGUUUUAAGGAAGGGUCAGUGCUGUCCAUAUUGCAUAGAAGACACAAUUCCAAAGAAGGUGGUGUGCCAUUUCAAUGGCAAAACAUAUGCGGAUGAGGAGCGGUGGGACAUUGACAGCUGCACACAUUGCUAUUGCCUUCAAGGACAGACCCUCUGCUCUACUGUGAGCUGCCCCCCUCUUCCCUGUGUGGAGCCAAUGAAUGUUGAAAGUAGCUGUUGUCCUAUGUGUCCAGAAAUGUAUAUACCGGAACCCACAAAUAUCCCUAUUGAGAAGACAAACCACAGAGGAAAGAAUGAGCUAGACAUGCCUCACUGGGCAACUCCUAGCGAGAAUGACAUCGUUCAUCACCACAGAGACAUGGGUCACCUUCAGGCAAACUACAGAGAAGUGGAAAGACCCCGUUUGACCGAAGAAGACUCUCUUCAUUCUGUGGCAUGGGUUGCGGUCCCUAUCAUGAUUGCGUUGGUUAUCCUAAUUGUUCUUUUUAUGAUUAAUCAGAAAAAACAGUGGAUACCAGUACCCUGUUAUAGAACGCCUAACAAGCUUGUGUAUGUGGACUGCAAAAAAGGAACCAUGGUUCAAGUGGACAGCUCCCAGAGAAUGUUGAGAAUGGCAGACCCGGACUCAAGAUACAGCGGAUUCUACAGUAUGCAAAAACAAAAUAACCUCCAGGCAGAUAAUUUUUACCAAACUGUGUGAGGAGUACCCAUGCGACUGUUACAAGGAUUUCCCUUUAAACUGAAAAAAAGGGGGAAAUAAAAGAUGAUAGGUUUGGAGAAAGACAAAAUUCUGCUAUUAAAAAACAUAGAACCA